AUGUUGGCCUCUCUAAAAAGGCAGAACAUCGAUGUCAAAGGGUUGGUUGCUGAAGCAGAAAAUUGGGUGUCUGAACAAGAAUCAUCUGCUGAAGAUAAAGGUAAGGAUAAGUGUUUGAUGUCUCAAACUGAAGAUCCGGUUGUUGAAAGAGGAUCUAGCUCUUUUAAAGAUGAUCUUGCCAAAGCUGCGAAGGACUCAAAACAUCUAGAUUGGGAUUCAUCAUCUUUGUAUCAGGUAAAUAAGUUCAUCACUUACACUGACAACGAAAAGUCUAUGAUGUUUAAUUACUUGUGUCAUCAUCACUCAAAAGUUAAUCAAGAAAACAUAUGCUUAGGGUUGAGAUUGACACACUUAUGA